UUUUACUUAGCAAGAUGGCGGACAAAGCUGACAAGUUUGAAGCAUUGGAACAACAAUUGGAGUUGUUUAUCGAAAAUACAAGACAACUGGGGAUCAUUGUCAGCGAUUUUCAACCACAAGGACAAAAUGUCCUCAAUCAGAAACUACACACAAUGGUCACUGGUUUGCAAGAGAUAGACAAAUUAAAGACCCAGAUGGUAGACAUCCAGGUCCCUUUGGAAGUGUUUGACUACAUAGACCAAGGGAAGAAUCCAAAUUUGUACACCAAAGAUUGUUUGGAGAAAGCACUUGCCAAAAAUGAACAAGUGAAAGGAAAGAUUGAUAACUUUAAGAAAUUCAAAGCUGCCUUACUAGUGGAGCUGGAUAAAGUUUUCCCACAUGAAAUCAACAACUACCGAGCCAUGAGGGGGGACGACAAGCCAGCAUAAUCUCCCCUGUACAGAAAUGUAUAAACCUUCACAUUGCUGUGUUCACAAGUGGUUCUAAAAAUGUGCAUUAAAACUCAUGUUGUAGUUAACUGAUAUCCUCUGUUGUCAGAACGAUGCAUUGUAGUCCAACUGACCGAAGGGGAGACUUGUCUUUUAUUGUAUAAAAAUAAAUUUAAAUUGUUUACUUG